GCUGAUUGCACUGCGUCUGGAGGCUGCGCGUUAGACGCAGUCCACUCGCUAGUGUUGCGUCUGCGCGUUCACGGCCCCGCUGGUGCUGUUGAGCGGGAAAUUCGAAUUCGGAACUUUAUAGUUUUUAUUUUUUCUUUUUUAAAUCGAUCUCGAUUGUGGCUGACUGUUUUUUGGUGUAUGUUCUGUGUUCUUUUAUUAUUUUUUGCUGCGGAUAGAGUAUUUGGCAUGCAGUAGAUAUGGGGCUUUUUAGCUUAAGAUCGCUGCUUCUCGCAGCGUUCAUAUUAAGUAAUUGCAUCACAUGGACUGUAUGCAGACAUCACUACACACAUAAUAUAAAUGGUCACAGAAGUAGACAUAGACGGCAAGGUGCCGGUUUAUUUCUAUCAGCUUCGUAUGUCCUCCCCGGAGGCGAGGGCACGGGUGCGUGGGGCGAGUGGGGCGAGGUCACUCCUUGCUCCAGAACGUGUGGCGGCGGUGUCGCCAGUCAAAAGAGGAUAUGUCUUGAGGUUGGACCAGAUGGACAGCCUCUUUGCACGGGCGGGGACACCAAGUACUUCUCGUGUCAAACGCAAGACUGCCCGCCGGACUCCAAAGAUUUUCGAUCCGAACAGUGUUCGGAAUACGACAAUAUCUCGUUUAAGGGCAUUAAGUAUAAAUGGGUACCAUAUCUGAACGGGCCGAAUCCUUGCGAACUGAAUUGCAUGCCGCGUGGCGAGAGAUUCUACUACAGGCAAAAGGCGAAAGUCACUGACGGCACGCUCUGCAAUGACGAGUCAUUGAAUGUUUGCGUCAACGGCACAUGCCAGCCCGUAGGUUGCGACAGGAUGCUGGGUUCCUCGGCUCAAGAAGACAAGUGUCUCGUGUGUCGAGGGAACGGGGCGAACUGCCGAACUAUUAGUGGAUUACUGGACGCACAAGAUCUUAGAAAAGGCUACAAUGACAUGCUACUCAUACCACAAAACGCUACGAGUAUUGUGAUAGAAGAAGUUCGAGAUUCGACGAAUUAUCUUGCGAUACGAGCAAAGAGCGGCACAUACUAUCUGAACGGAGACUACCACAUCGACUUCCCUAGGAGCAUAAUAAUCGCUGGUGCUCACUGGCACUACGAACGCAACCAACGCGGCUUCGCAGCACCAGACAAACUGCGCUGCUUGGGACCCAUCAACGAACCACUCAUUUUAUCGCUCUUACUCCAAGACGAGAAUGUCGGCAUCAAAUACGAAUACAGCAUAGCACCGGAGCUGCUGCCCUUAGCUGACCAGCAGUACCACUGGGUGUUCGAUAACUUCACGCCUUGCACUGCCACUUGUGGAGGAGGUUUCCAGACCAGAAAUGUAACUUGCCGAUCUCGAGAAGAAUUGGAUAUAGUAGACGAUGGAUUAUGUGAGGAAGCGUUAAAGCCACCUAGUAACCAAACGUGCAAUACGGAUGCCUGCCCGGCACAAUGGAUCGAGGGUCCCUGGAGCCCCUGCUCCAAAGCCUGCGGAGAAGGUGGCAGUCGAUCACGACAGGUUCAAUGCCAAAAGAUUAUUACGAACGGAGUGAAUUUCAGGUUUCCCUCGAUAGUAGCUGACAAGGAAUGCUUCGAUAUACUAGGCCCUAAACCGGAACUGUUCCAAGAGUGCAACAAGAAUGCCUCUUGUCCAAAAUGGUUCACUGGACCAUGGAAACCAUGCGACAAACUAUGCGGAGAAGGCAAGCAGACACGCCAAGUGGUCUGUUAUCAGAAGACUGACACUGGCCGUGUGGAAGUACUGGAGGAUAGUAAAUGCGAGGAUAAAAAGCCUGAUGCUGAGCAACCGUGCUCUUUGCAUCCUUGCGAAGGUGUUGAUUGGGUCGUCUCCGAUUGGACUGGGUGCGACACGUGCAUAUCGACGGUGCGCACACGUGCGGCGGAGUGCGCGACCAAGUCCCGCGAGGUGGUGGACCCGCGCCAGUGCGCCUACCACCCGGCGCCCGUACUACAAGAACCUUGCGAUCGCUCCACACUGCCUGCCUGCGAGGUGCAGUGGUACGCCACGCAGUGGAGCAAGUGCUCAGCAGACUGCGGCAAAGGUGUCCAGUCGCGGCGUGUAUUUUGCGGCCUGUUCGACGGCUCCUCUGUGCUGAAAGUGAACGACAGCCGAUGCGCGAAUCAGACCAAAUACAACGACACGAAAACAUGCGAAAUACCCAAAGAUAAAUGUCCAGCUAAGUGGUACGCCGGCCCUUGGUCUGAGUGUACUAAAGUGUGUGGCGGCGGCGAACAAUACCGGCGCGUCCUGUGCAUCCGGGAGGACAAGGAAGUCAACGAAUGCGACCUGAACACUAUCAUCGAUGCUACCCAGUCCUGCAACACCGGGCCAUGUGACAAAGAUGAAACUCUGCCAGUGAAUGCAAGCGCUGCUCCUAUUAUUGACGCAGACUACGAAGACGAAGAUUGUACAGAGGAAGAAGAAGAUACUGAGGCGUAUGAAGAAGUAGGUGCCGAAGAAGAAAGUGCCAGUACGCCUUUCACGAUGGAAGAUCUCAUGUUUAGCGAUAGCCCGUCAACAAUAGAAGGAUCAGGCUGGACACUCUCAACCGAAUCUGGAUCUGGAGAAGGGUCAGGUUGGACCGAAUUCUUGACAACCGACACAGACACCAAUACGGCAGAAAGUGAAUCUUCGACAGUGUCAAGCGAAUUAAACACUGAAACAACAGAAUCUGGAGCCACUGAUGAAACUUCUGAAUCUGGCUCUACUGAUACAACUGAAUCCGUUGAAACCUCUGAAACUGGCUCGACUGAGACGAGUGAAUUAAGCUCAACUGAUAUAACAGAAUCUGGUGCAACGGUAACUGGUGAGUCAGAGUCUACAGAAGAAUCUACUGUCUCUGGCUUGACAGAUAGUUCAACUGAAUCUAGUGUCAUUGAUGAAACAAGUGAAACAGACUCUACAGGUGGAACUACCGAAUCGGGCUCUACUGCUAUAUCUGAUUUAACCAGCGAUCUAAGCUCCACGGAUACGACUAAUGAUAUUAGUUCUACAACUUCAUCUAGCUCUACUGAUGAAAGUACAGAAUCGAGCACCACAGAAGAAUCAACCGAUAUAACAACAGAAUCAGGAUCUACAGAUAUUACCGGAUCAGAACCGACAGAAAGCUCAACCGGAAGUGAUUUCACUUCAACCACAAACGAUGGCUCAACUGAUAGCUCAACUGAUAUAACGUCUGAGACUGGUUCUAGUGAAGAAUCGUCUACAAUUGAAUUUACGGGUGAAACAACUGAGUCAGGUGCUACUACUGAAUACGGCAGUACUGGUGAAACUGGUUCUACUGAUAGUUCAACAGAUUUGAGCACAACUGAAUUUACGGGAUCUACUGAAAGUACUGAGACUGAGAUUACUGAAACUGGAUCAGAUAUAACUGACAUUAGUACCACUGAGGUGUCCGGUGGGUCUACUGAAACUGAAUAUAGUACCACCGAGGGAACUGGAAGCACAGAUACUGAAGUAACAGAAAGUAGUUCAGAAGGAUACUCAACGACAGAAAUUAGUACAGAAGAAUGGAGCACUGAAUCGGAAGGAUCAACGAUCUGGGACUAUUCAACAACAAUGCAAGGCAAGAAGAGGGUAUGCAAACGUAGGAAGUCCAAGUGCAAAAUGAGCAAGUUUGGUUGCUGUCCAGAUAUGAGGACGCCCGCAGCGGGACCAUUUGAUGAAGGUUGUCCCAACCCGAAGACCUGUAAAGAGUCUAAAUUCGGAUGCUGUCCGGACGGAGUAUCUCCUGCAGCCGGACCUAAAGGGCAAGACUGCCCAGUGCUGCCUUGCAACGAGACACUAUAUGGCUGUUGCCAAUCUGACCACAUCACACCCGCUGAAGGCAACGACCAAGAAGGAUGUCCGCCGGCUUGUAAAUCUUCUAAAUAUGGCUGUUGCGAAGACGGUUCAACUAAAGCAACUGGUCCCAAAAAGGCGGGAUGUCCUGAAACAGAAGCUAAGAGAAAAGCAGCUGAAGCUAAGAAGAAGGCUCAAGCAGAAAAGAAAAAGAAAGAGGAGCAGAAAAGAGCAAAAUGCGCGAAGUCUAAAUACGGGUGCUGUCCUGACAACAGUACCGUGGCGAGCGGACCAAAAGGUGCCGGCUGUCUCUGUAAUACAACUGAAUUCGGAUGCUGCCCUGAUGGUGUUACUACCGCGGACGACGCAGACAAGACGAAUUGUGCGAACUGCAACACGUCCGCGUUCGGAUGUUGUGCAGACGGGAAGACUCCCGCGCAUGGCUACGACAACGAGGGCUGCUGUCUAUUAUACGAGCAUGGCUGCUGCCCAGAUAACUACCAACCUGCUAAAGGACCACACUUUGAAGGUUGCAACUGCAAGGACACACGGUUCGGUUGCUGCCCAGAUGAAGUCACCUCCGCCCGUGGGCCCGAAAAUGAGGGAUGCGGCUGUCAAUUUAGCGAGUUCGGCUGUUGUCCAGACGGAAAUACGCCAGCCAAAGGUCUCGAGUUCGAAGGCUGUGACUGUCACACGUACCAGUUCGGUUGUUGUGAGGAUGGCGUCACCAUCGCUAAGGGUCCUAACCGUCAAGGCUGUCACUGCCGUGAAUCCAAAUAUGGAUGUUGUGGUGACCAGAAUACUCCAGCUAUUGGACCUAACAUGGAGGGCUGCGAUUGCGCAUCCAGCAAGUAUGGUUGCUGCCCUGAUGGACAAACUGAAGCUAAAGGAAAGAAAUUCUUGGGAUGCACAGACAUUCCUGAAAGUAGACAAGCUGCAUGCAGCCUGGCGACCGAUCGUGGCUCGUGCCACAAUUACUCGGUGUAUUGGUUCUAUGACAUGGAGUACGGUGGCUGCUCGCGCUUCUGGUAUGGCGGAUGUGAAGGCAACGGGAAUAGAUUCUCUACCAAGGAAGAAUGUGAAGAUGUUUGCGUGCAACCGUCGCCCAAAGACGCGUGCAAGCUACCACAAGUAAAAGGCGCGUGUGCGGGCUACCUGCUACGCUGGUACUACGACUCGGCGCGGGAACAUUGCUCGCAGUUCGUGUACGGCGGCUGUCUCGGUAACGGAAAUAAUUUCGAGUCCGAGGAACUGUGUAGGACUCAGUGCGAGCCCACCAGAGCUGUCGACCAAUGCUCACUUCCUCUUGACCCUGGAAGCUGCGCGGGUAACUAUAUUCGAUGGGGCUUCAACCCAGACAGUGGACGUUGCGAACAGUUCACAUGGGGUGGCUGUGAAGGCAACACCAACAGAUUCAGUACGGAGGCUGCCUGCAAACACCGGUGCGACACUCCGGGAGAGCCUAAACCUAAAUGCAAGUUGCCGCAAGACACUGGAAACUGCACAGAAGUAUAUGCCAAAUGGUCCUUCAGUACAACAGAGAAUCGAUGUGUACCAUUCUACUACACUGGUUGUGGGGGCAACGAGAACAGGUUCGAUUUUGAGCAACACUGCAUCGAUGAUUGUCCAUCUGUCCAUGUCAAAGAUAUCUGUGAGCUGCCAGCUGAAAUCGGCGAGUGCGCGGACUACAGACAGAAUUGGUACUACGAUACAGCUCAAAAGAGAUGUUUACAAUUCUACUACGGCGGGUGCGGUGGCAACGAAAACAACUUCCAUUCUUUGGAACAAUGCGAGUCGCGAUGCGCUGAGAAACAUCCAACCACCACUACCACUACUACGCGGCAGCCCGCCCAUCCAGACACUUCAGAGUUCUGCUUCCUGGAGUUGGACCCUGGUCAAUGCGACAACUUUGAGACCCGAUGGGGCUACGACUCCGCCCGCGGUAUUUGCACCACAUUCGAGUACGGAGGCUGUGGCGGCAACAGGAACAACUUCCCUAAUGAAGACUACUGCACGUAUUAUUGUAUUACCUCACAAGAUAUCUGCCAGCUGCCGAUGAUGUCGGGCCCGUGCGACCAGUCGCAGAUGAAGUGGUUCUACAACCCGGCCACCGACUCCUGCAGCCGGUUCACGUACGGCGGCUGCGAAGGAAAUGGCAACCGGUUCGACACGGAAGAGGAUUGUGAGCGACGCUGCAGAACUGGGCCGGCUGUUGCCACACCGGUCACUACCACCACAACUACCACCAUUGCGCCGGCUGAAAAUCUACCUCCAGAAUGCCGCAUUCUGCCCACCGCGGAGGAGUGUACGGAAGCAGGCGUAGUUUGGUACCUGGACGAGUCGAGGCGAGCGUGCGUGGCGUACGAGAACGACGCGACCGGCGCCAGCUGCAGGCACACGGGCGUCUUCGCCUCGGAAGAGGCUUGCGAGAGGAGCUGUGGCGCCUUCCGGGACAUUGAUGUAUGCAAGUACCCGAAAGACCCGGGUCCGUGCCGCGAGGCGAUUUCCAAGAUUUACUUCGACGCUGCAACGGGAUCUUGCCUCGACUUCGCAUACGGCGGAUGUCAGGGUGGGCCCAACCGGUUCUCUAGCAUCGAAGAAUGCGAGCAGAUUUGCCAAGCAUCUGAAACAGACCCGUGCUCACAACCAUUGGAGGUUGGUAACUGCAUGAACAGUUAUACAUAUUGGUACUACGAGCAGCAGCGCGACGCGUGCUACCAAUUCGCGUACAGCGGCUGCAAUGGUAACGAUAACAGAUUCCAGAGCCGCGAGGAGUGUGAGGGUCGCUGUAGGCGUCGGCCUAGCGCCACCCCCGCGCCGCCCGCCCCACCCGCACAGCCAGUAGAUAGAGAAUGUAAUAUCCCCGAGUCAUUGGAGGCGUGCGGCGAAAACAUCACGGCGUUCUACUACGACCCAAGCAGGCAGGAGUGCGUGGCGGCCAUCAAUGGCGGCUGCCGCUUACCCGGCACCUAUCUCACCGAGGAGGACUGCGAGAGACGCUGCGGCACCUUCCGAGGACUUGAUGCGUAUCAGAUAUGCCGAUACCCCUUAGACGUGGGCACCUGCAAGGAUUCAAUUCCUAAAUACUACUGGGAUAUAAGAGCAGGCAAAUGCGAACGAUACACCUAUGGCGGCUGCGGCGGUGGACCAAACAGGUUCUCGACUAUCGAGGAAUGUGAGAACUUCUGUGAAGGCAUUGGACCUGAGCCUGCAUGUCUAGAACCAGUGGACACGGGGUCGUCGUGUAGUGAGGUGCCAACGAGACGCUAUUACUACAGUCCAGUGGACGGCGAGUGCAAGCCACUUGUGUACAGAGGCUGCGGAGGCACUAACAACAACUUUCCCUCGUACGAGUACUGUGUGGAACUUUGCGAGCGAUGGAAGUAUACCGACUCGAGCGAGAACGAAGUGGAGGAGCCGGAGCAGUGCACGCAGUACGAGGAGGAGUGCGCGCGGCUGCGGUGCGCGUUCAGUGUGCAGCGCACGCGCACGGCGGGCGGCUGCGAGCGCUGCUCGUGCGUGCCCGUCGAGGUGGACUGCGAGCCGCUGCGCCAGGAGUGCCGCCACCUCAAGUGCACCUACGGCCUGCACCGCUACCGCGGCCACGACGGCUGCGAGAGAUGCCAGUGCAUCGACCACCCGUGCGCGGACAAGCAGUGUCCGGAAGGCGAGCGGUGCGUGGCGAGCGCGUAUCGGGACCCCGUCACGCAGGACAUGCACUACUCCGCCGACUGCAAGAUCGUGAACAAGCCGGGCUCGUGUCCGCGUGAGGACUCGUUCACAACGGAGGGCGCGUGCCGGCGCGAGUGCAACGACGACGCGGACUGCCGCGGCGUCGGCAAGUGCUGCGCGCGCGGCUGCAGCUCGCUUUGCCUCGAGCCCGCCGCCGGCCACGCGCUGCACACCACCACAUACUCGCCAGAGCUGCCCCAGGCGCCGCAGGCGAACACGGAGGAGACGGAGCCCGAGGUGGCGGCGCAGGAGGGCGGGCGCGCCACGCUGCGCUGCCUGUUCCACGGCAACCCGCCGCCCAGGAUUACCUGGAGCCACCGGGACAUCACCAUCGACGGCACCGUGGGCCGUUACCGGCUGCACUCGGACGGCGCGCUCGAGAUCGUGUCGCUAUACCGUAACGACUCGGGCGUGUACAUCUGCGUCGCGGAGAACAUCCACGGCAGCUCGCGACAAGAGGUCCACUUACAAGUGAACGAUCCGGUGGAAACGUCGGCGGGCAUCGCCGGCGAGCCGAACUCUGUGGUGACGGGCGAGAUCGGCCGCAGCCUCUCGAUUCGCUGCCUCGCUUACGGCUUCCCGGAGCCUUCGGUGGUGUGGUACCGAGGUUCCCGGGGGACCCUGGUGCCAUUCAGCAGCUCGGUUUACGAGGCGAGAGGGAACGUGUUGCUAAUAAGGAGGCUAGACGAGGACGUGCUAGAUAAAUACACUUGUGAGGCAUACAACGGCGUGGGCCGGCCGGCGUCAUGGUCGGUCCGGGUGGAGGCUCGCUCACGGGGCUUGUCGCACCUGCCCUACACUACCUACGACCGCUCGUCGCUCACGACGGCUCCCCCGAGGGAGAGGACCACGCCGCCGCCCGAGAUUACAGUCCCGGUCUACACCGUGCCGGUUAAGACCCGCAUCUCAGCGGAAUCGACCACGCUGGCUGUGGGCUCGGAGCUGAGCCUGCCGUGCGAGGUGGACGGAUAUCCGGUGCCCAACGUGCACUGGACCAAAGAUGGCGUCCCGCUGUCAUCUGACCACAGGACGCAGAUUACCGAGGCGCGGUUGACGAUUACUGGCCUGACGUCGGCUGAUAGCGGCGCGUAUGGGUGCCACGCGAGCAAUUCCUACUCUAGCGACUCCUCCAUAGUCAGGAUCAGUGUUAAAGGCAUCUUCAUACCGCCGAAUUGCAAAGACAAUCCGUUCUUCGCGGACUGCCACCUGAUUGUACGCAGCAAGUUCUGCGGACAUCCAUAUUAUUCUAAGUUCUGCUGCAAGUCGUGUGUGGAAGCAGGUCAGCUGUUGCCGCAAGAUCUCGAUCUACAAUCGGACGAGGCUUGGAAGAAAUAAUUACCCUCUAAUAGAGCAGUGCUCGCGUUAGCUCCGUCGAGGGUACCGAACAACUUAACGUGUUUAGGUGAUAAGUCUAGUAAUCUUUCAACUGUUUUAAAAAAAUAUAGAUUUAUGGAAUUUGUUUCUGAAAUAUAAAAUUAAGAUUGUUUUAUAUAAAAUUUAAAAUUGGUACUUAAUAUUUUUUCACUGAAUUUAUAUUGACCCUCGAUAGGACAAUUUAGACAAAUAAAUAAUAAUGUCGAAGUGCCAUAAUAGCUGUUGUUCAAACAUUGAUAGGUCCCUAUAUUUUUGCUAUAACCUACAGGUGUAUAACUAAUAUUUGUUUUUAUAUUUUUUUUUUUGUUUACACAAAUGUUACAGUAGAACCGACUAGAUAGUUGGGAUAUGUGGCGAUUUCCAAUGUUCUCACUGUGUUAAACAUACCAAUAGAUACUGUAGAUAGGUAUACUGAAAUAUGAUAACUAUGUAAAUAUAUAAGAGUGUCACAAAUAGAACCAUCUGUGAUGGGCCAUAAAAUAUGUAAGAAUCGCUAUGUUCUAGUUAGUCACUGAAAAUAUAAAUAGAUAAUAAAUUAUUUAUACCAUACGAUAGAGGCAAUGUUUAGUGAACGUUAGUAUUUCUAGAUGUAAGCUAGAUAGAGUCGGCGUUGAAUUUUAUAACGAAGUCAUAAUAAUUGUUUAAGUGGUUUUUUUUAUGACGUGUAAAUAGACCAACAAUAAAAUGCCGUAAUUUGAGAUGUA